ACUGUCGAGUCGAGACUCGAAAUCAUAACAAUGAAAAAUAUUAAGAUUAUAACCUAAAAAUUUGAAUUUUAGUCGUUUUUAUAAUUUUUAGUUGUGUUUUGAGUAAUUGUAUAUUGAUUGCAUUUUCAGUAUUUUAUGCCAACUAAGAAGGAAAAUUUAAGGAUUCAAUAACGUUUUUCACUGAUUUCAUGAAUAAUACUUCAAAUUUCUAAAUGGCGACUGCGGCACAAGAAGAGACAUUUGAACAGUUCGAAGAUGAAGAAAGUGAAAUUCCAAUUGGUGGUACAUUGACAAGUGGAAAAAAAAGACUAUUUUCCAAAGAACUACGUUGUAUGAUGUAUGGAUUUGGGGAUGAUCAAAAUCCUUAUACAGAAAGUGUUGAUCUGUUGGAAGACCUUGUCAUUGAAUAUAUCACUGAAAUGACACAUCGUGCAAUGGAAAUUGGCAGAACAGGCAGAGUUCAAGUGGAAGAUAUUGUAUUCUUAGUAAGGAAAGAUCCUAGAAAAUAUGCUAGAGUAAAAGAUCUUUUAACAAUGAAUGAAGAGUUGAAAAAGGCAAGAAAAGCUUUUGAUGAAGUUAAAUAUGCAGGUAACAUCACUGAAUGAGGUGACUAGGUUGAAGGAAUUCUGUGAUUGUUUUUAUUAUUUAAUUUUUGAUACUUUUUAGUUUUUAAUAUUUUAUUGUUUAUGUAUCGAAUAUAAACAUUAUGGAAUUUAUAAGAUUUAACUACCAUGUACUUCCAAUAACGUAACAUGUAUGGUUCAA